UUCCCAACAAUUACCUACUGAAAGGGACUCGGUCUCGUUUCCAAUUUUUUUUUUUCUUCCUUCUCCACUGAAUGAUACUUGGAAGGUGGAAAAUAUCAAAAUAAUUGCCAGUUGGUUAUACAAAUCGCAAAGAAAGAAACAAAGAAAGAAAGAAGGGAAGAGUUUUUUUUCUUCUUCUUUUCUUGUGUGUGUAAAAUCAACCUUUGUUUUGCUGUAAUUUUGAGGAUCAGGAAGUAGCUAGCAAGCACAAAGCAUGGCAGAGUCUGUGGUAUACUUUGUUAUUGAAAGGCUUGGGGACCUGCUGAUUGAAAAAGCCACCUUCUUACACGGGGUCAAGCAAAACGUCGAGCAGAUCCGAGUCGAACUGAGUCGGAUGCAAUGCUUCUUGAAAGAUGCCGAUAAGAGGCAAGACGAGGAUGAUAGCAUUCGGAAUUGGGUUUCCGAGAUUAGAGAAGUUGCUUAUGAUGCAGAAGAUGUCAUUGGAAGUUUCACCAUCAAAAUUUCACCACCAAUUUCCAAUCCGUUAAAAAGGUAUGCUUGUUUUUUCAACCGAGCUUCAAACCUUUAUGAUGUUGGGUCUGAGAUUGAGGCCAUCAAAGCUAGAAUUUCUGACCUUACUAGAAGUACACAAACUUACGGCUUGACUGUAGUAAGAGAUCAUCAAGGCUCGUCGAGUAUUGCGUUUGAGAAGCAAAGACAAUUGAGGUGGUCUUAUUCCCAUGUUAUUGAUGACCAUAUCGUUGGUUUACAAGGAAGCAUAAACGAACUAGUGGCGGAGCUCAUGAAUGAAGAAAAACACGGUCGAGUUGUGUCCAUUUGUGGGAUGGGAGGUUUGGGGAAGACCACUCUUGCCAAGGAAAUUUACCGCAAUGAUCAUGUUAGGCGUUAUUUUGACGCUUCUGCGUGGGCUUAUAUAUCUCAACAAUGCAAACCAAGAGAUGUUUGGGAAGGCAUUCUGAUUAAGCUAACCUCUCCAUCGAAAGAGGAGAGGGAUCACAUUUUGAAAUUGAGAGACGAAGAGCUUGCAAAGAAGCUUUAUCAAGUUCAAAUAGAGAAGAAAUAUUUGGUGGUUCUUGAUGACAUUUGGUCGAUUGAGGCCUGGAAAAUUCUAAGUCCUGCCUUUCCAUCGUCGGGAAAAGGGCGCAGCAGAAUAUUGCUUACAACUCGUAAUAAGGACUUAGCUUCCUUUGUAGACCGAAGCGGCCUUCAUGAGCCGAGGAACUUAACUGAAGAAGAGGGUUGGGAGUUGCUUCAGAAGAAGGCAUUUCCAAGAAAUGGUGAUCCAGAUUUUAUCAGAAGCAAAGAUAAGGAGCAGUUAGGGAGGGAAAUGGUGAAAAAGUGUGCUGGCUUGCCUUUGGCCAUUGUUGUGCUUGGAGGACUUUUGGCCACUAAAGAAACAGUGCACGAGUGGGAUAUCGUCCUCAGAGAUAUUCUUUCGUAUCUAAAGCGAGCCAAAGGGCAUGAGCAACACUCUACGGUACCUGAGGUUUUGGCUUUGAGUUAUCAUGAUUUGCCUUUUAUAUUGAAACCCUGUUUCCUUUAUUUGAGCCAUUUUCCGGAAGAUUUUGAAAUUCCGAGGAGAAAACUGGUUCAAUUAUGGAUUGCAGAAGGCAUUGUAUCGCCACACCAUGAAGCAGAGGGAGAUGAAACAAUAGAGGAUGUUGCGGAACGCUACUUGGGUUACUUGAUUAAUAGGUGCAUGGUUCAAGUGGGAGCUCUCAGCUCAACUGGAAGAAUUAAAACUUGCCGCCUCCAUGAUCUUAUGCGUGACUUGUGCUUGUCGAAAGCAAAGCAGGAAAAUUUUCUCCAGACUGUUCGCUGUUUGGAUGAAGGUAUGAUGGUGGAUUCUUCUUCUUCUUCUCGCAUGCUUUCUGAAGCAAAAUCAACUGGUAAAACUCGCAGACUUGCUGUCUUCUUACCUUCAGAUGUCAAUAAUCUUAUCCCAUCUAAGUACAAAGAAGAUUCCAACCUCAGUCUCAGGUCACUUAUAUAUUUCCAUGCAAGCAAGUGUAGAUUGGUAAGUUGGCAGCUUACAAAAACAAUUUUGGAGUUCAAAAUGCUCAAAGUUCUCGAUCUUGAAGGUGUCAAGGGACCAUACGAAAAGUUACCUAAAGAUAUCGGGGGAUUGGUUCAGUUGCAGUUUCUAAGUUUGAAGAAAACACAUAUACAAGCAUUGCCAUCAUCCAUCGGCAAUUUGAUCCACUUGAAAACUCUAAAUUUGCAAACCAUAAGCAAAUUGAGUUGGGACCCAACAGUGCAAAUUCCGAAUGUGAUUUGGAAGAUGGAAGGGCUAAGGCAUUUAUAUCUUCCCAAGUGGUGUGGCAAUGCAGUUGAUAAGCUGCAACUGGGAAAUCUGAUCAACUUGCAGACACUCGUAAACUUUCCUGCAAACAAAUGCGACGUAGAAGAUCUUCGCAAGUUGACCAAUCUUAGAAAAUUGGUGUUGAAUGAUCCAAAACAUUUCAAUAAUUUGUUGAAAAUUGUCAAUCCCCAAAACAGAACGUUAAGCUACCUUGAGUCUUUGUCCUUGACAAGUGAGACACUUUCAUUCCCUGAUGAGGUUGUUGAUGUUACACAAGUAAUGUUAAGCUGUCGUCGUCUUAAAAAAUUGCAUGUGGAAGGGCGGAUAGAGAAGCUGCCAGAAUACCAUCAGUUCCCUCCAAACCUUGCCAAGUUAACAUUGUGGGGCUCAAAACUUGAGGAAGAUCCAAUGCCGACACUGGAAAAACUGCCGAACUUGAGAAUUUUAAGCGGAUGGCAAAUGUUCAUGGGGAAGAAAAUGGUCUGCUCUAACCAAGGUUUCCCAAAGCUCAAGUCUCUACUCCUCCGAGGGUUUUCUAAGUUAGAGGAUUGGACGAUGGAAGUAGGAGCCAUGCCUAGUCUUUGUCGUUUGGAAAUAUCAAAUUGCACCAAACUGAAGACGAUUCCGGAUUCUCUGAGGUUUGUGAAAACACUUCAGGAAUUGGAGAUAUACGGUUGCUUAUUCAAGAUCAACAUUGGAAGUGAAGGAGAGGAUUUUUACAAAGUGCAACAUGUACCGUCCAUUGUAGUACGCAACUGAAGUUAAUUCGUAGGUAUAGUCUUCCAUGUCAUGGGCAGGAGGAGGAGGAGGGGCAAGAGAAGUGGUUGUAGUUGUCCCCGACUCCUUGAGCUGCUUGAUGGCAUCUGCACUCCCCUGCAGCUCCAGUGCACACUCAAGUUCCACCUCCAUUUCACCCAUCAUGGGCUGUCCAGCUCCUGUCAGCGUGCACAUCUAUUAGCGAUGUUCAUAAAUUUUCUCAAACAAUGUGGAGCUACUUUUCCCACCAGAAAUGGAUCAAUCAUAGCAGCGAAAGUCUCACCCUUGUCCACGCAUUCAGGUAUCUCUGUUGAAGAAGAUUUGGCACACAACGCUUCAAAUAACACCAUUGCGAAUGAGAAGAGAUCAGAUUUUUCAGUAAGUUGUCCGGACAAUGCAUACUCUAGAUCAAGAUAGCCUAUUGUACCGGAUACCCCCGAGUUCAAUUUGAUUAAUGCAUUUGACAAGGUAGGAGGACCCAACUUGGCAAUCCCCAAAGAAAGCUUGAGCACCAAGUUUUGGUCUAAUAUAAUGUAGGAGCAUUUUAUGUCUCGAUGGAUGACAGCAUGCUCAACCCCAUGCGUGGAGGUAGUGUAUUGAACGCGCCAUUCCAAUACAAAUUUUCAGCCUUUGCUUCCAAGUCAAGGAAGGGAAAGGGAUCUUUAUUUUUAA